CGAUGCUCAUUUGUCACCUCAAGCUUACACAUUUUUCAUAAUGCUCGAAGUUCUGGUAAUAAUUGCCAUUUGAAGAUUGAAUUAUUCUGCUUAGAACUGAAACUGAGCAACUACUGUAACAGCCAGACUAGGUGAAAUGCUCUGGGAUGAUUUUAUCCUGCAUAUCAUGCCACAAAACUGUAUUGCUAUGAAGAACAUGGGCAUACUUAGUAUUUUUUUUUCUUUUUGGUAAAGGGGUUUAAUGGCAAGAAAAUGGAGAGCAUUCAAUAUUGUCAAAAAUGAGUACUUUGGAUCGUUAUCAUCUAUGCUAACCACAUUAUGUUUGAUCAAUGGUAUAAGUUUGUUGUUGACAGGACAGAACGGCCUUUUUAUUUCUUCUUUUCCCAUGCACUCUACUUCUCUUAAGGUCUUAUAUCUGGGAUGGAUGCCUUCCAGCAUUGCCUGUUCAGUUGCAUCAGGCUUGGCUAUUAUUUCUGUACACAAGUCUAGCAUCGCGAGAAAAUGUGUUAAGAGUAAAUGGGAGUGAUAUUCGUCCUUGAAAGGGGUACAACUAUUUCUGGUAUGGGCUAUGAUGCAAGGUGUUGCAAUGCUUCUGCAAAACAGAUAUCAACGUCAAAGACUGUAUACUCGUAUUGCUUUGGGAAAGGCUAAAAGGAUGGAUGUUGUGUGGGGAGAAACUUCUGGUGUUGAAGGUCAACUGUUGUUAUUAUGCCCCAUUCUCUUCAUCUUGCAGACUGUCUCAUUUCAGGGUUUUGAAGCAUAUGUUGGGAUAUUACUGCUUCGCACAGCUUUGGUUGGUGUUAUCCGACAGUGGCAGGUUGUAGUUUGCGGGUCUUUGCUGGUUUUGAUGGCAGUGGGUAGCUUUGCAAAUACUGUGCAAACCCUCAUGGCAAAAUCCAGAUUCAAAGCAAAGAUGAGGAGAACUGAGAGCAGGCAUGAUUUUGAUUCCAAUGCAUCACCUCCUGACUCGUCACCAAAUUAUUCGAGAUCAAUGAAGGAAUCUUAGUCAAGGAGCUCUCUUUUGAAGAAUGUUUGUGGUCUCUAAUGUUACUUGUCUUUGUAAAGCAUUAUCUUGUUUGGUAUAGCUUCUAUCCAAAUGUCAUCAAUAUUUCCAGUUGAUCUAACCAUGUAUGACGAGCUCGGUUCUGCCAAUGCUUCAACCAAAACUUGUGGGUGCGUGAAAGAUGUAAACAGAAUUUAAGAGCGUACUUUGGAACUCAGAUAAUUAAAUAAAUAAAUGGUAAAUCUCAAAUUUACCUCUUCGAAUCACUUUCAUUGUGAGUUCUGUGUUUGAAAAUAAGGGAGGAUCCUCUACAGGAAGAGGAAAAGAAGGAAGAAGAUCACGCACAUGGGUUUGAGAUUGAUAUCUCAAGAUCAACCAGAUUGGUUUGUCAUCAUCUGCAAUUAUGGGGAUCAUUUGUUUGACCUUUUUUCUGACACAUGAUCUGUUUGAAUCAUGUUUGGAUUGGUUUGUAACACUUAUAUUUGAGUUCUACAUAAGGAACAAUUUGAAUUAUUAAUCUGUUA